CCCUCUUGGACUCCUCCACUGGGCGAACAAUGCACCCGAGUUUCUGCGACUUACGUGUCACGAUAAUUUACGGUGGACUUUUAUUUCUGCUUUAUUUUCAAUAGAGAAUUAAAAAUAAUGACGCUUUUUUUUAUCAGUUCGUUUACACGUGAAUGAACGCCUACAAUGCAUGGAGUACGACCAACUGGAUCAGUAUCCUUGAAUGCGGGAUUAUUAUUAGCCGAGGCGACAGGACAAUGCACCCGGGGUAAUUUUUUUUUAUCGCAGUCUGGGUGCAAUAACAGUGCUCCUUGUGAACAUGUCUACACCUUCGGCUUGAUAAAGGCGUUGCUGUACAUUUAUAAAUGUGAUAGGCUCAUGACUCAGCUGUUGUCCGGGUGUUUUUUAGGAUCAGACGGAUUUUUAAGGCAUUGGAAACCGGUACCACGUGCGGAGAAAAUUUUCUGGAAAUAUUGUGGGUCGAGUACUGGAGGAAAUAUGGAUUUCUCGGUUGUAAAAAAAUUUAAUGCUGUCGAGAUAAACUGUCUGGGGAUUUUUGGUAAAUUAUCAUUGGAAUAUUUAGCCGAUGAUGCAUACGCUAUUAUCCGUCCAGUCCCGACGGUAUUGGGUAUCCACUGGGUCACGAGUCAAUCUCAGCAAAUUGCUGUUAUCCCAUUAUUCAUCUGAUUCACAAAGCGAGUGUUGAUGUCCUCCACGCGUGUCCUCCAACUGCAUCUCGAUGGAUAUUUAUCGUCUGUCUUCUCGAGUCCCGAGAUUUAUCUCAUUUUAAUGUAAUCAUUAAUCCACCGGGACAGGGCGACAAUAAACUCUUAUGCUUUCAUUUCACGCUAUCAAUUCCAGUCUCACGAAUGGGGGAAUUCAGCAACAGUGGAUUUAAAUAUGAGAGAAAAAAAUGUUUAAAAAAACAGUUUAUUUAUUUUUUGUUUUGAAGUCUAAGGAGGAUAAUUAAUCGGCUGGGAAUGACUCCAGUGGAGAAACAUAGCAUUGAAUAAAUGGAUAAACAUUGGUGGAGGUCAUUGCUCAAUCGAAGAAGUAUUAUUUUUUUUAAAUAAAUACUUCAAGGAAAUGAAUGUUGGGAAGAAAAAUAUUUUUUCAUGAUGGACUAACCAACUCUUUGAGUAUCCUAUCGACUGGGUCAUCCCAUAAAUAAUGCAGAUUUUCGGUGGUACUAGACUCGCGUGUAAGUUUCGAUUUUACCGAGGCUGGUAAAUUCCCAACGUGCACGAACGACUCUUGGCCUUGACAUUCGAGUUAGAUAAUAGAGUGGGCGGAAUUGGGGGAGGAGAGACUUGGCUCGUAUUCCCCAUUGCAAUUGGAUUUCUUCCGCAUUUGGUGGGAUAGUUAUCGGAGUGGUUUAUGGACAUCUUCCUUUCUCCCUCAGCAGUAAAAACCCGGGGAACAUCUGGACUAUUCCCUGGAGGACGAGGUCCAAUAGCAAACGACUUCCUCUAUCCUCGUUUCCGGGUUUUGAUCAGCAGUCGAAGGAUUCUCAGAUCCUCUGGGCUCAGAUCGGCAUAUAGUUCACUUAGAUCUUCUCCAAUAUUUUACAAUGGUUUCAUUAUUUAAACGAAAUUAGGAAAUCGAAAAAAAGUCGAGAAAAAUUUUAUUCACAAGCGAAAAUUCAAUCAUCAGUAUUCAGCGCAGUAAAUCCAUUAGAGAAUGAGCGAGAUACAAUCAGCGAGCUCACUUCCCUGAAAUUUCCAUUACCAAUUCUUUUUUAUGUGUCCAUUAACACAGAUAUAGAAAGCGACACGUGCUCUAAUUAUCCUAUUCACGUAAUGAGAGCACCGGAUUCAUUGUUGAAACUCAAAUAUAUGACAAUUUACCGAGUGGCGGAGUGGUGCGGCUGUAUGAGAGCUCUGAUUAACUUAAUUGCAUGACGUAUAUACCUUUGUUUCCAUGAUUUGCUGUGAAUUCCAUUCAAUGACAAUUGUUCAAGCAUUUUACUCCCAAUAAUACAGAAUGUCCUGUCCCCUCUCAUUAAAAAAAUUUAUGGGAGUGUGAAAAAAAAUGAAAUCCAGAAAAAUUGAAGCUAAACUCUCCCCCAAAUUGGAGUAAACAAACUUAAGUCACUGGUGAAUUCUUGAAUGAGGGAAAAGUCUCAACUUUUACUCUUGCUAUUGCUCAGCUCCCAAAGAGAUGAUACGGGUCACGUAUUCAGGUUUUGACCUAGUUACUCUAACUCGUGAUGUACGUAAGAAUAACGAGUACGUGCUCGAUGAUGAAUCCCUGGGAAAUAUGUGGAACGAGGGAGUGACUGGUCGACUGAUGGGAAUGACAAUUAAUAUUUAUUCGAAUAUUAUUUUAUUUUAUUUGUUAACUCAAUCAAAAUUAUUGAAAUUUAAUUUUAUAAAUUUAUCUAAAAAUAUAUUAUGACCUGAAGUUCAUCGUGAUUCAUCAUUCCGCUGAUAACUUUAGUUCAUUAACUGUCACUCACGUCAAUCCUUUGUCUAAAUUCCUCAGCAUCAGACAUUAUUUCCCUGAAUCAUCCAUUUUACAUUUUUUACCUGCACAUUAAUCACCUGUAAAUCACAGUGAAAAAACGGCGAAUUCUCCCGGAUUUGCCUGACAAAAAAUUAGUUCAGGUGAUUUUGAUCUCCCAGAAGGACUUGUCACACGGUCCGGUGAAUAUUCACUCCACAAGGAGCGUUAAAAAACGAUAACAAAAUUGGACGUAUCGGGUCAGGGUCACAACUGGUGCAUCGCCAACGAAUGAAAAUCCUCUGGAGUCUCUCGGUAAUGCUAUCCACGAAUCGUCCUCCAGCAAUGGCUUCAAUAUGCGAUAAAUAUUGUCUUUCAGGCUUGAGAUGGUUGAUGGAACUUGAGUGAACCAGGUCUCGCUUAUGCCUGAUGAGAGAAAUAUCUUUUCAAAUUUCACGAACGAUUGCAAUCACGGCCAUUCUAUGUUUCGCAUUGUUGAUCGACCCUUCAGUUUCAGGCAAAGCGCCAGCGAUUGGAUAUAUAAGAUGUUGUUUCUGUGGACGAGAGAGCCCUCACAGAGCCCUCGGGCAAGUCCCUGGUUCGCUUGGCUGGCAACCGCUGUGGUAAUCUGGGGCUGUCGUCGGCGACUACUCCGUGUAAUUCUCGCAAUUUCACCGCUACGACUUCUCAAACGACAUAAAAUGUCUCACAAUGCCCAGUUAAUAACGUCGUCGCCGUCCAGGGAGCACUCGGGUGAAGAGAAACUCACGAUGAUACUCCAUCCGAAGCACAUGACCGGUGUCCGAGCAAGAAUGAAAAGACUCUACACUGGGGACGGGCCGCAGGUGUCAAACUGCGAUGAUACCCUGGAAACCACUCAGCAGGUGUACUACAGGGUCACCAGGAGUGGUCGGGUGUACGGAAAAUAUCCUAAUAAAGUUGUCAUUCCGUCGUAGAAUUUUUUUUUUCUCAUUCGUCGAGUCAAGUAGUUGAUUUUAUACCAGUGAUCCUAGACUUGACAUGACAAUCUGAUGCAUCAACGCGACAAAUUUCGGAACCUUGAUUUAUCGAACGACUGGGGAUGAAAAUCACUGGUCCGUCUGGACCAGCCUAUCCAUCAUCCUCGGUGACGGAGACCAGAUGAAAAUAGAAAAAAAAAAUCGGGUGAAGCUGUCGGAGUUUGCCCAUCUCGUCCAAUCAUCAUCAAUUUGCUGUCCCAGACGGCUGUCAGGUGUCUCGCACAAAUUUCCGUUUUCUUUGUGAUUCUGGAUGAGUAUUUCCGUCGCCACCUCGUUUAUCACCCCAUCAUCGCUGGCGAGGUGUCAUUAAGAAUUAAUUCGUUUCAUCGGGAUUAAAUAAUUGGGGUAAAUCAUUGAAAGGGGGUUCUGGUGACAGGUCAGAGGGGAUGUCUUGGCCAGUCCAACUAGUCGAGUCUGACUCUUCUGGUGCAACAAUUCUGGCCCCGAAACAUUUAUGGAGAUUAUUUUCGCAGAUGUAGACAAUAUAAAAAAUGUAGGAGAGGUGUAGAUGGAAUAUGUUCUACAUAUUUUGCGAAAUAGGAAGUUUUAGAAUGGGAAGAGCUGGCGCGGGGGCAACAGCUGGAGAGACUGGAAGACAAUCGAAUGAAGAAGGGUAGGAUGUCUGGCGCCUAGUUCUCGAGCUAUCCUCCUUCCCUCUGCAUUUCAUGAAGAUCAAUAAGCGUCGCGUGCGUUCGAAGGGUCUAGGACACUACCCCACCCCCCACUGACGUACACCCACUUCUUUGCAUUUUCUUUAUCUAGUAGUAGUUUACGACUGUAGACAGACAUUGAAGCUUUCCACAGAUUUACGAAAAUCAAGUUCUACGGGUGAUCGCAAUUACGAUUAGGAAAUUUAAUUUAUUUUUCUUAAAAAUUAUUAUUCCUCUUCUUCAACAAAGAAAAAAUGUAAUUCAUUUCAGAGAAAUUUUUUUAAAUGAAAAAUGAUGUGAAAAUGAUUUUGGUGAACGUCAAUUUCUCUCUGAAAAAAUCCUAGAUCAACUAGACAAGUCGCCCAUUCACCCCAGUUCAUUUUUAUUUCUAUUUCUGUCCCAUCGAUUAUCGAUGAGACUCGAAGAAAUGAACGCCCUUUUUUCGCGUGUAUUUUUCUUCCCACCUUUGGCGCUUUUUUUUUUUUUUAUUAUUCUCGCAAGAACUGGUUACACCGUGAAUGGGAGACAAUGGUGUCCCACAAGUUUCAUAUCAGAGAUGUACCAAUUUGGAGUGUACAAUACCCUCGACGAUUUUAGAAUCGGAGCAUGAGGGAGUCUGUGCAGGUGUGUGUGUAAAGAGGUGAAUGGAAUCGAACUGUGCCAAAUUUGAUUCAAGCUAGAGGGGUUCCAGCCGACGAUGUUGAUUGAUUUAGGGGGUGAUGGAAGGGGUGGACGUUCACACUGAGGAUAUUUAUCUGGAGAGGGAGAAAUGUUUGGUAAAAGGCUCACACCAGUACUCGAUUUUUCUAAAAUUCCUGUCCAUACAUUGGUAGGGAAUUAUUUAUAAUUAUGUGGAUAAAUAAAUUGAGAGAUAAAUAGGGGGAAUAAGUGGAUGACAAUUUUCAUCAUUACAAAGAGAUAAUUUUUGUAAAAAAAAUCGGGAAUUGUGUGUCUAUUUAGAAUACGUUUUCGUCGUUUCGGAUUAGCAUACCAUCUUAGGGGAGAUGAGCUGUUAAGGGAGGUAGGGAGCAUAGAGAUUACCUACUUGAAUGUGUAAUCUCAGGUGAAUGGGGAACUCAUCUCAAUCAAGCCACCUCCCACCGAUAUUUUUACGCUUCUCCAUGAUUCACCAUAAAUUAACGCGCUCCUCCCGCAGCUCUUAAUUAUCUGCCGAGUCGAUUAACGCGUUUGGAAGUCAAAUGAUUUUUGUAACAAAUUUGGUUGAUAAAAAAAUUAAAAUUCGUUUUGAAAGUUAAAAAAAUAUUGGGUUCUACUACUAAAACUACUAAAAUUUACCUCUGUUGAAUAAUUAUGGAUUCAUUUAUUAAUGUGUGGGUGUGCCAAUUUAUUAAUUCCUUUUCCAAUAUUCCCUCACCACUGAUGAGCAACGAAAAAAACUAAAAACUGCCGCCGUAAUUUCCGCAAAUACCACUUCGAUUGUUGAAUAAUCCAUGAGAGCUUGAUUCGCAGGCAUUGAGUGUACCUAGUUCAUGGUGUCGAACGGAAUUUCAUUACAUUCCUAUUUCCAACACCGAUAUGAAAAGCAAUUAGGUAUUAAUUGAGAGGAAAAUACAUCCUCUGAGCGUCGGAAAGUUGGCCCAAUGGAAUUCAACCAACGAAAGCCACGUGCCCCUAAUCAUCUCAAUUAUUAAAUGUUUAUCUUGAUGAAGUUGUCACUGAAAAUCGAAAUAGCUCCGAUUUCUUUCGUUUCAGUAGUUCAUUUUUCUUUUGCUCAGACAGGCGGGCGAUAUUGAAGUAGAACGUGUCGAUCUUUAUCAGACAUUCCUUUACAAAUGUUUCAAUUCCAGAAAUUGGACAGCUCGGAUAUAUGUAUUUUAUAUUCAAAUUUAAGUACUUAUUUUCUUCCUGGUAAUUUUCAUUUACCUUUUCCAGCGAUUUUUCCGACUCCUCGCCCCCUCCAUAAACUUUCCCACAACCCCACGAAAAAAAUCCCUGAAUGAAAUCCGAAAAAGUAUGUACAGUUGAGCCCUUUAAAGCCCCCUUCCCCUGGCCAUAAAAUAACACAACCUCGUGAAAACAACCUCCAAGAGAAUUUAAAAAUAAUCCAUACCACCCACAACCCCUCAACCCCCUUAUCCCUCGUUGUACCGAAUACCCGUAAAUUUCUAUGAAAAUAAAAACUAAAACUCCGGUUUUGGCGUCAAAGUUACGGUCGCGGGCUACAGACAAAGAGCGAAAGGA